GGCGGCGGCGGCUCCGGCGCAUGGCGGAGCUUCCGCUGCGGCGGCUGCACCAUGAACUACAUGCCCGGCACGGCCAGCCUGAUCCAGGACAUCGACAAGAAGCACCUGGUGCUGCUGCGGGACGGGCGGACGCUCAUCGGGUACCUGCGCAGCAUCGACCAGUUCGCAAACUUGGUGUUGCACCAGACUGUGGAGCGCAUCCACGUGGGCAAGAAGUAUGGGGACAUCCCUCGGGGCAUCUUUGUCGUGAGGGGCGAGAACGUGGUUCUGCUGGGGGAAAUUGACCUGGAGAAGGAGAGCGACACACCUCUGCAGCAGGUGUCCAUUGAAGAGAUCCUGGAGGAGCAGCGGGUGGAGCUGCAGGCCAAGCAGGAGUCGGAGAAGCUGAAGGUGCAGGCGCUGAAGGAGCGGGGCCUGUCGGUGCCGCGGGCGGACACGCUGGACGAGUACUAGAGCUGCUGCCCCUGUGGGCUCCUGAUCCGCCUGGGCAGGGACAGAGCUCCUUGGGAAGGCGGGCUUUAUUUUCAGAUUGUAUUUUCUCUACACAAAUCAUGCCUUUAGACUCCUUGCAGAGAAGGAGAUGAGGUCUGGCACGACGGCUGGGAGCGAGCGUUUGUGUUCGGGAGGCACAUCGCUGCUCUUUGGGUUUGUUUGGUUUUCUUCCUCCUCAUGUGACUCUGUGUGAGAGUUUUCCUUGAAUUGUAAAUAAAUCCUCGAUCCUGGCA